GUUCUUCGCCAGCGAUGGGAGCCGUGGCUAAAGAGAGACGCCCGCAAUGCCGAAGAGAUUAAGAAAACAAUUUCCAAAGGAUAUUUCCUUGACCACUUGGAGAACUUCGAUGCCGCAUUCUUUGGUAUCUCUCCAAAGGAGGCCGAGCAAAUGGAUCCUCAUCAAAGACUCGCCCUUGAACUGCCAUGGGAAGCUCUGGAGAAUUCGGGAAUAAAUCCCAAGUCACUCGCUGGCUCGGAUACGUCUGUAUUUAUGGGCAUCGACUCGGACGACUAUUCCAGGCUACUUUUGGAAGACAUACCCAACAUCGAACCUUGGAUGGGAAUUGGUACAGCACACCACGGUGUUCCCAACCGGACUUCGUAUCAUCUCGACCUCAUGGGCGCAAGUGCGGCAGUCGAUGCAGCAUGUGCCUCCUCGCUAGUGGCCGUUCAUCUUGGACGACAAGCCAUCUUGACUGGGGAAUCUCAAAUUUCCAUUGUUGAUGGCGUCUGCCUCUCAUUCGAUGACGACGCUCACGGGUACGCAAGAGGAGAAGGCGGAGCAGUUAUCAUCCUCAAGCGGCUUUCCAAGGCGAUUUCAGACGAUGACAAUAUUCUGGCCGUCCUAAAAGGCUGUGCCAUUGCCCAAGAUGGCAAAACAAACGGCGUCAUGGCACCAAAUGCUAAGGCCCAAGAAUUGGUAGCCAGACAAGCUCUCGAACGCUCUGGAAUUGACCCUUUAACAGUGAGCUACAUUGAGGCCCAUGCAACUUCAACAUCCUUAGGAGACCAGACGGAGAUUUCUGCUCUCUCUGCCGUGUAUGGCACUGGACGGCCCGCCGGAGCUCCUGCUUUCAUUGGAUUUAUCAAACCAAAUGUUGGCCACCUCGAAGCAGCGGCUGGUGCGAUUGAUCUUAUCAAGGCUAUUCUGGCUGUCAACAAGGGCAAACUUGCACUUCAGGCCAGGCUUAAAAAGCUGAAUUCCAAAAUCAACUGGGAUAAUUCGGGUCUUGAGGUUGUUCGCGAGGCCUGUAUGCGGCCGAAGCAAAGUGUCCCUCGCAGAGCUGCUGUAUGCUCAUAUGGCUAUGGUGGCACCGUUUCUCAUGCCAUCAUUGAACAAACACCUCUGAAAUGUUCAACUGUUUCUUCUAUAAACCAGACUGUUGAAAUCGCCGGUCCAGUCAUUUUGACUAUUUCUGCACCGCAUGAGAAGCGGUUGGCUACACAAGCUGCUUCCCUAGGCGACUGGCUUUCUGAUGUUGCUAUUGCCGCCACUCUGGCCUUACGCCGCGCUCACCUCGACCACCGCGUGGCGUUCGUGGUUGAUAGUCAUGAAGGCGCAGUCAAUUCUUUGACCGCUUUCGCCAACGGAGCCGCAAAUAAGUGGAGAGUAGAAGGUAGACCCUUUAGUGCAAGCACAAACAAAGACGUUGUAUGGGACUUCUCGGGACAUGGAGCACAAAUUCCCGUUUUCUACAAGAUGAUAUCUUCCCUGGAGGGGAUAGUACAGCAAGAACUCGGCUAUUCGGCCAUACAAGCAUUAGAAAGCGGCGAGUUCGCCGAUUCUGACAAGAUCCAGGUGCUCACCUACAUCGUUAAAGUCGGUCUAAGCCAAGUCUUGAAAUCGAAGGGAGUGGAACCUCACGCAGUCAUUGGUCAUUCGAUGGGCGAGGGGUUGCUGCAUCUGUUGUUGCCGGUUGCCUCACUCCGGAAGAAGGUGAAAAGACUUGGUGGAAUGGCAUUUGUCAACAAGCCGUUUGAUCAAGUUAAGGAGCAGCUCCGUGGUAGACGCGAUAUUCUACCUGUUGUCUUUUCUUCACCUUCAUCCUCUGUUGUCAGUGGAAAGAUUGCUGCCCUCCAGGAAUAUGUGGAGAGCCUCAAAAAGGAAGGAAUCAAAACCGUCUUCGUCAAGACAGACAUCGCGUUCCAUAGUCCGAUGAUGGAGGAGCUUGCGGUUCCUCUCGCCGAAGCAUUGUCUGAGUCUCUCAACCCUCUUCCGGCGAAAAUCUCCAUCUACUCAACCUCACACGCCGACCCGCGCACGACGGUGAGUCGAAACAGCGAAUAUUGGAUCAACAACAUGACCAGCCCGGUCCGGCUGACAUCGGCUGUGGACGCGGCGGUUGAUGACGGGUUCCGAGUGUUCCUUGAAGUAUCGACUCAUCCGAUUGUACUUCACUCCAUUAACGAGUCACUCGCGGCACAUGAUCUGGACGAGGAUAUGCCCGCCGAGAAAAGCAUUUUGCUUGCCAUUUCACAGCUUCACAUGAAAGGUUCUCAUGUAGACUUCAAAGCUUUGUUUGAUUGGCGAUGGUCGCCUGCGGUCCCUGGUACAAAAUGGUGCCACAAACCUUACUGGCGAGAAGUCGAAACCGGCCCUCCGAAUACAGAGAUAACACAUAGUGUUGAGAAACACAUGUUGCUUGGACUUCGCACUUCCAUAGCUGGAACUAAGACUGUUCUUCACACGACAAAGCUUGAUUGUAACAGCAAACCCUACCCUGGAACCCACCCAGUGGAUGACACCGAGAUCGUUCCUGCUGCUGUAUAUAUUAACACUUUUCAUUAUGCAACUGGAUCUUCCGUUUUCUCUGACAUCAAGCUUAGUAUGCCAAUCGCAAUCAGUAACGAACCACGAGACAUUCAGAUUAUUAUCCAAGGCGAAAGCCUCAAGGUAGCCUCGCGCCUGGAACAGGACGGGGUCAUCGAAGAACAUUCCUGGAUUACACACAGUAGCUGCCGUUAUAGCUCCACAAAACCACCUCAGGACGGACACCUCUUCGAUAUCCAUGCGGCCAAGGAACGGAUAGGGACGGUGUUUCCGAAUGAAUUCAUGAUUGAGUACCUCAACAAAAUUGGCGUUACAGGGAUAGCAUUUCCAUGGGCCGUCAUAGAGCACUAUGGUAACGUGGAUGAGAUGGUCGUUAAAAUCGAUUUUGAUCCCGAGCAUGCGUCUGUUACCUGGGACGCCAACUCUUGGGCCCCUCUUCUUGACGCUGCAACAUCUGUCGGCUCGACUGUUUUCUUCAGUGACCCUAAGUUGCGCAUUAUUUCACAAAUCGACAAAGUAUACAUUUAUUCGCAGGGACAACCUCCGAAGUCUGGUUAUAUGUAUAUACAGUCGUCAACCGACAACAAGAGUGCAGCUGCGAAUGUCACGAUCCUCAACGAACAAGGAGAGUUGUUGGCCGAGUUUCGGUCUAUGAGGUUUUCCGAGGUCGACGGUGCUUCAGGAGCAAGCGGAAGUGUCGACAGCCUUGUACACCAAAUUGCGUGGAUCCCGCCGAAGUUCUCAGAGAACCCUCUCAACCUGGACCAUGCUGUUCUCGUGUCAGAAGACUUCGCUGUACUUGAACAAUAUAGCAAACAACUAAAACAACAGACACGGAGUAUGUUCCAGCUGCAAGGGGUGAAAGAUUUGGAGCAGGAAGACAUACUCGGCGCUCUGAAUAAGAAGAGUUCUGCCAUUGUGUACGUCCCCGGCUCCGUUGGGCAUCUGGAAGAUGUUCCGGCAGCAGUGGAGAGGUACAUCUGGGAAGUAGUAAGUAUCGUCAAGCUGAUUACUAACUCUUCGCUCGCCGCCAAAGUCUUCGUUAUCACGAACAGAGUUUUUGCAGGAGAAUCGCCCACUGCGCUUGCCCAUGGGCCCCUGUAUGGUCUUGCCCGCAUUGUUGCCUCGGAGUAUCCAGAUCUCUGGGGUGCCUUGGUCGACAACGAAAACUCGCUCUUUCCAAUAUUAGCAGUCAAAUACGUUCAAGAGCAGGAUGUCAUUCGUGUACAAGACGGGCUGCCUAGAGUUGCACGUAUGCGUCCGCUUUCGAGCGAACAGUGCUACGCACUUGACUCCACGAAGACCCUACUUCCGAAGCCAGAGGGUACUUAUGUUGUUACUGGUGGCAUGGGAGCUCUAGGGCUCGAGAUCUGCUCUUUCCUGGUGGAGAAGCGGGCUAGGCGCAUUGUGAUUGUCUCACGCAGAACUAUUCCUCCUCGCCGGACAUGGCAUAAAGCCUCGGGCCCGAUGGUUCCAAUUAUUCAAAGGAUUCGGGACUUAGAGAAGCUUGGUGCAACUAUCCAUGCUUCAUCGUUGGAUAUUGGCGCUGAAGAUGCCCAUGACCUGCUGCUUGCAGAGAUUGACUGCCUUUCACUUCCUCCAGUUCUCGGAGUUGUCCAUGCGGCCGGUGUUCUUGAGGACAAGCUUGUUCUUGAUACGACUGUUGAUCCGUUUGCCCGUGUACUAAGACCAAAGGUCUCCGGUGCGUUAACGUUGCAUAAGGCAUUCCCCUCUACCACUCUCGACUUCUUUAUCCUGUUCUCUUCCAUCGGUCAGCUUGUGGGAACUCUAGGCCAGAGUUCCUACGGCAGUGGCAAUGCUUUCCUUGACGCAUUGGCUGUGCACCGCAGGCUCCAGGGAGAUAACUCCAUUGCUUUUCAAUGGACCGCGUGGCGCGGUUUAGGAAUGGCAGCUAGUGCAGACUUUCUUACCGUGGAGCUGCAAAACAAAGGCAUCACUGAUAUCACUCGCGAUGAUGCCUUCCGCGCUUGGGAGCACAUAGACAAGUAUGACAUGGAUCAUGCGGUUGUCUGCCGUACUCUACCAAUCAACGAGGAUGAAUCUGUCGCGGUCCCGAUACUGGAGCAAAUCGUCGCCCGACGUGCUGAAUCCCGCCCUGCGGAAUCUAAAGAAGAAAGAAAUGCUAAGCCUAUAUUAAGGCCGAUCUUGCCUCAAGACCUAAGGGGUUGGAUUAGCGUUAAGAUCCGUGAGUGUGUUGGUGCAGUGCUAAUGAUUAACGACAUUGAAAAAAUCGACCUUCGGACUGCCUUCUCCGACUUAGGCAUUGACAGUGUCAUGACUGUCUCCCUCCGGCAGAAGCUCCAAGCCGUUAUGAAAGUAAAGAUUCCACCUACGUUGACAUGGAAUCAUCCUACGGUGAAUCAUCUUGUUGAAUGGUUCUACAAGAAGUUGAGGGAGGUUGCACGGAGAUGA